AAACGACGGUCGAACAGAAACGACGGGUUAGUAUUUCUUAACGUGCACUAUAACAACCAUAAAAACCGAACUAGACUGGUCUUGUCGCUGCCUGAGAGUUGAUCGUCCGUCGACUUCCGUCUGACCGGCAUUGGCUCUAUACAUAAAUACACGCAAAGGCACAAGUUUGACAAUCGAUCUACAGAAGUUGAUGAAAAAUGGUUGACCAAAGGUGUUGGCCGACGAUGGAUCUGCUAAGAUCGGAGACAAUGCAAUUGGUUCAACUGAUAAUUCCUAUGGAAUCAGCUCAUCGCACAAUCUCAUAUCUCGGUGACCUUGGCCUCUUCCAAUUCAAAGAUCUCAAUGCUGAAAAGAGUCCAUUCCAACGGACAUACGCUGUUCAGAUUAAAAGGUGUGCAGAAAUGGCUCGCAAGCUUCGCUUCUUCAAGGAACAAAUGACAAAGAUUGGUUUACUGCCAUCAACAAGAUCUGCAAGAAGCAAUGAUAUUGAUUUGGACAAUUUGGAGGUUAAACUGGGUGAACUUGAAGCAGAGCUGAUAGAGAUAAACUCAAAUAAUGAGAGAUUAAAGCGCACAUACAAUGAACUACUAGAAUAUGAGCUUGUUCUGCAGAAGGCUGGUGAACUUUUCCAUUCAGCUCAACAAAGUGCUGCGGUUCAGCCAAGAAAGCUUGAAGUAGACAACAACAACGAAGGAUCCAUUGACAGUCCAUUAUUAUUGGAGCAAGAAAUGAUAACAGAUCCUUCAAAGCAAGUUAAGCUGGGUUUUGUCAGUGGCCUUGUACCCAGAGAAAAGUUAAUGGCUUUUGAAAGGAUUGUGUUCCGUGCAACUAGGGGCAAUGUAUUUCUGAAGCAAUCUGUGGUUGAAAGUCCUGUUGUUGAUCCCGUGUCUGGAGAGAAGGUUGAGAAAAAUGUUUUUGUCAUUUUCUAUUCUGGUGAAAGAGCAAAGAGCAAAAUUCUCAAAAUUUGUGAAGCUUUUGGAGCAAACCGCUAUCCAUUCACUGAGGACCUAAGCAAACAGUAUCAGAUGAUGACCGAGGUGUCUGGAAGACUUGCAGAGCUGAAGACUACCAUAGAUGUGGGAUUGGCUCACGCGAGCAAUUUGUUACAGACAAUUGGUGUUCAGUUUGAACAAUGGAAUUUUCUGGUGAAGAAGGAAAAAUCCGUUUACCAUACUUUAAAUAUGCUUAGCAUAGAUGUGACAAAGAAGUGUCUUGUUGCUGAAGGUUGGUGUCCUGUUUUUGCAAUAGACCAGAUUCAAAAUGUAUUACAACAAGCAACUGUAGAUAGCAACUCACAAAUUGGGGCAAUAUUUCAAGUUUUGCAAACAAAGGAAUCACCACCUACCUUUUUUCGCACAAACAAAUUCACUUCUGCAUUUCAAGAAAUUGUAGAUGCAUAUGGGGUUGCCAAGUACCAGGAAGCGAAUCCCGGUGUAUAUACAAUUAUCACAUUCCCUUUUCUUUUUGCUGUGAUGUUUGGUGAUUGGGGCCAUGGUAUUUGCUUGCUGCUGGCAACAUUAUAUUUCAUUGUUAGGGAAAAGAAAUUGUCCAGUCAGAAGCUUGGAGACAUCAUGGAAAUGACUUUUGGUGGGCGUUAUGUUAUUAUGAUGAUGGCCAUUUUUUCAAUCUACACUGGAUUGAUAUACAAUGAGUUCUUUUCAGUCCCAUUUGAACUAUUUGGUCCCUCUGCCUAUUCCUGCCGUGACCUAUCAUGCAGGGAUGCUUCUACUUCUGGUCUACUUAAGGUGCGUGCCACUUACACAUUUGGUGUUGAUCCUAAGUGGCAUGGUACCCGGAGCGAGUUACCUUUUCUUAACUCAUUAAAGAUGAAGAUGUCAAUUCUAUUAGGAGUAGCCCAAAUGAAUCUUGGGAUUGUAAUGAGUUACUUCAAUGCAAAGUUCUUUGGAGAUAACCUCAAUGUCUGGUACCAAUUUGUGCCCCAGAUUAUUUUCUUAAACAGCUUAUUUGGCUACCUUUCACUCCUCAUAAUUGUGAAAUGGUUCACUGGUUCUCAAGCUGACCUGUAUCAUGUAAUGAUAUACAUGUUUUUGAGUCCCACUGAUGAUCUUGGUGACAAUCAGCUCUUUGUUGGCCAAAAAUUCCUUCAGAUUUUGUUACUACUUUUGGCCCUUGUUGCUGUACCAUGGAUGCUGUUUCCAAAGCCUUUUCUCUUGAAGAAGCAAUAUCAGGAAAGGCACCAAGGCCAAUCCUAUGCAAUACUUGACAGCACUGAGGACCCUCUUGAAAUGGAGCCACAAUAUGAUUCCCAGAAACAUGAGGAAUUUGAGUUCAGUGAGGUCUUUGUUCACCAACUUAUACAUACAAUAGAAUUUGUGCUUGGGGCAGUGUCUAAUACAGCUUCAUAUCUGCGUUUAUGGGCACUCAGUUUGGCACAUUCAGAGUUAUCGAGUGUUUUCUACGACAAGGUUUUACUUCUAGCCUGGGGGUUCAACAAUAUUGUUAUUCUUAUGAUUGGCAUAAUUGUAUUUGUAUGUGCAACUGUUGGUGUUCUUCUAGUGAUGGAAACCCUAAGUGCAUUUCUACAUGCCUUGCGGCUUCAUUGGGUAGAAUUCCAGAAUAAGUUCUAUGAGGGAAAUGGAUACAAGUUCCACCCAUUUUCAUUUGCUUUACUCACUGUUGAGGAUGAAUGAUAUAUUUGUUGGAGGUAAUGGUUAAAGACUAAAUGAUAGAAAAUAGAAUUUGAUAAUUCAUUGAAUUUAUUAAGUAUAUAGGAGAGUUAUAAUUCUUGUAAAUUGAACAAAAGAGAAGGUGAAGGAGAGAUUUUCCUGGCAAGAUUGGAAGAAGAGUCUGAUGUUGCAAUAUCAGUGUACCACGACAAUGCCUCUUAUUGCAUUUUGUUUGUGAAUGCUGAAAUAAAGAACCUUCAUAGCGUGGCAGCCAAUAUCAUGUAUGUUGGCUCUUGAGAUGAACUUGGACGUUAGUUCAAUUGGCAGGCAGUUAGAAGUGAUUAUGGUAUCUGGAAUUGUGAUCAACAUUCAAGCUUGUAGAACUUGCCAAUUGGUUUGUUCAUUAUGUUGAUUGUAUUGUUCCAUAGUGAUUCUUACAGAAUACGGCUUGUGCAAUAUUGUUUAGCAAAAAGCAGAACAGAGUUUCUGCAGUGUAUUACUGUUGAUAAAUCUUGUUUAAAUAGGGAAUAGGAAUCGAAAGAGUUUUUUUAAAGAAUUACUUAAAA